AUGGCACUAAGUGCCGCUGUCAUGAGCUGCUGGGCGGCAGCCGCCACGGCUCAAGCGAGGGCUGCACUCAUUGCUUUUCUCGUAUUCGUUGCCAAGAAGACCAUUUCAAGUACGAGUCCACAGCUUGUAGUGCAACAUGGAGACGAGGACGACGUGUUUGACGAAUUCAACGCGGUCUUUGAAACGGCCGCUCGGCCAACAAAAACGAUUCGGGAGCUGCAACACAGGGCUAAACUGAUGGCAGAGGGUCUUGAGAAGGAUAUACAGCUAGAUGGGGCUCAGCAGAGUGAGGCACCGAAGAAUGGCGAGGCAAAUUUAGGAGACGAUAACGAAGCGAGCGGUACAAUCCAGCCACCGGACUUGGAAGAUGAGUACGAGAUGUUGCCCGAGCUUGAAGAAGACCGGGCAUUCUAUGAUAAUAUAGACGAGCAGCAAGCAAAGAAUCAAGAUAGCAAGACUGAGGGCGAACGACUGCUCCAGCUUGCCUCGAGUAUUUCCGAUACGUCGAUGCAUGUCGAAGAAUUUAUUGUUAGCGGCACACACAAUAAUUUUGAGUCUAUUACGAAGGACGUGGACGAGCUCGCAGCAGAAACAAGUGAGAGUGAAAAGAGAAGUGUUGUGCGCGUGCUGUUGGCGUACUGUGCUUACAGCAAGGAUACAAACUAUUCCAGUGAAAUGGUACUGACAGCAGGAGAGUGUCUGCGGGUAUGGCAAGGGGACGAAGACCGGGCCUUUAAGUCACUUGCCGUACUUUGCAACGACGUUCCGCGCCUCUGUGGCGCCCUUGACUGA